AUGAAGCUUUCCGUAUCCCCUCUCGUACUACUAGCAGCCAUCGACAAUGUCAAGGCUGUUCGAUUUCUCGGACGUGUGAAUCCAGACACGCAAGAGUUGACAUGGCCCGGAACCGGCGUAUCCUUUACCUUUACAGGUUCCUCCGCUAGCAUCGGCAUCGAAGGCACAAGCGGCACCAACAGUGCUCAAUUGACCAUCGAUGGCGUAGCGACUGUCAUUCCUGAUGUUAAUGGCACUUCCAUCAAAACACCCGCUGACCUCCGUAACGGCAAACACACGGUGGAACUGCGGAAACGAUCAGAAGCUUCAUAUGGCACCAUAACCAUUGGCAACGUAACAACGGACGGCACCUUCGGUCCAGACAUCUACGCCUCGCGCAAGAUCCAAGUCAUUGGGGAUUCCAUCACCGUGGGCUACGGUCUCGACGGCGUCAACCCAUGCGUGAACAGCGCCGCUGUGGAGAACAACCCCAAGACCUACGCCGCCCUGGCUGCCGACGCAUUAGAUGCCGACUACGACAUCAUAGCCUGGAGCGGCAUCGGUCUAACGAGAAACUACGUCUCUCCCACCCCCGAUCCAAGCGACAUCAUGCCUCAACGCUGGACCAGAUACGGCGCUCUCGAUCCGCUGAACAGCUACACGUUUCCCGCAAACGCCACACCAGAUGCUGUAGUCAUCAAUCUUGGUACCAACGACUUUGGCUAUCAAGCCGGCGUCCGCGACCCGAUCGUUCCGGCAGAAUACACCGCUGCCAUGGUCAACUUCGUCAAGACGAUCAAGACACACUACCCAGAGGCUGCUUUCUUCCUUCUGACAUCGCCUAUGCUUGGCGACGGGUAUCCUGCAGGUCAGGCACAGAAGACUACGCAGACGAAUGCAUUGAACGCUGCGAUUGCGCAACUUAAGAACAGCACGAAGAUCAGUCUGGUGGAUAUGCCAUCGCAGGGCUCAGACGUUGCUUGUGAUUACCAUCCUAAUGCUGCGACACAUGCGGAGAUGGCGGACAUUCUGACCAAGGCUCUUUCUGGUGAGCUGGGUUGGUGA